AGCCUCUGGCGACGGCUCCCUCAGCCUCCCUUCCCCACGCUGAUAGCACAGAGCCUCACAACGCCUGGACCAUGGACCCCGGGGAGUGCACCUGCAUGUCUGGAGGAGUCUGCAUCUGUGGAGACAACUGCAAAUGCACAACCUGCAACUGUAAAACAUGUCGAAAAAGCUGCUGUCCUUGCUGCCCUCCAGGCUGUGCCAAGUGUGCCCGGGGCUGCAUCUGCAAAGGGGGCUCAGACAAGUGCAGCUGCUGCCCCUGAAAUGCAUCCAUCAGGCUGGGGACGAGGCCUGGGAAGCAUCUGUAUAAUGCAUUAAUGGAGAAGUUGGAAUGAUUGUAUAAUAGCUUGUGCUUUUUAUAUAUUUGCCCAAGUCAGGUGUUGAUAACAUUCCUAUAAAGUGCUUGGAGCAAUAAAGUUUUCACUUGUG